AUGCCGUCGGUCAGCAGCGAGCGGGCCGCCCUGUGCGCCGGCUGCGGGGGGAAGAUCUCGGACCGCUACUACCUCCUGGCGGUGGACAAGCAGUGGCACAUGCGCUGCCUGAAGUGCUGCGAGUGUAAGCUCAUCCUGGAGUCGGAGCUCACCUGCUUCAGCAAGGACGGCAGCAUCUACUGCAAGGAGGACUAUUACAGGUACGGAGCGGGGGCGAGAUUCUCGGUCCAGCGCUGCGCCCGCUGCCACCUGGGUAUCUCGGCCUCGGAGAUGGUGAUGCGCGCCCGGGACUCGGUUUACCACCUGAACUGCUUCACCUGCUCCACCUGCGCCAAGAUGCUGACCACCGGCGACCACUUCGGGAUGAAGGACGGCCUGGUGUACUGCCGACUGCACUUCGAGGCGCUGCUCCGGGACGAGUACCAGCUGCACUUCAACCACGCCGAGGGGGUAGCCGGCAAGGGCCCCGCGCUGGGCGCCGCGGGGGCCCCGCCCUUGAACAACGGGGUGGGCGCCGACCAGAAGGGGCGACCCAGGAAGGGGAAGAGCCCGGGCCCCGGUGCUGAGCUGGCCGCCUACAACGCAGCGCUGAGCUGCAAUGAGAACGACGGGAGCCCCCUGGACCGAGACCAGCAUUACCCCAGCAAUCAGAAGACCAAGCGCAUGAGGACGUCCUUCAAGCACCACCAGUUGCGGACAAUGAAAUCCUAUUUUGCUAUUAAUCACAACCCAGAUGCCAAGGACUUGAAACAGCUCGCGCAAAAAACGGGUUUAACCAAAAGGGUGCUCCAGGUCUGGUUUCAGAACGCGCGAGCCAAGUUCCGACGGAACCUCUUACGCCAGGAGACCACGGGGGUGGACAAGGCCUCCGACUCGGCCCUCCAGGCAGGCCCCCCGUCAGGACCAGCUUCGGAGAUCUCCAACACCUCCAUGAGCCCAUCCAGGACCCCCACCACCCUAACAGACUUGACGAACCCUAGCAUGCCCUCGGUGACCUCUGUCUUGAGCUCGGUGUCCGGCGGCUUGGACGUCCACGAAUCCCGCAGCCCUUCACAGACAACGCUGACCAACCUUUUCUGAUGACUCGAUUCCGUGGGUCGUCUUCUUUUUAAGGAAAGAAAUUAUUCUUAGUCAAAUUCCAAAUGUAUUUUUUAACUUGGGAGGUUCUCACAGCUGGGCUGCAGCGUUACCGUCCGUCGCGUCGAGUCCGGCCCCGUCUGAAAGCCACCGCGGAUUUGAGGAGUGACUUGGAAUCACAACUUGCCACACAACAUUUGUGUCAAUGUACAGUUUUAUGGACUGGGCCAGGGAAAUGGCAAUUAAUUUAAGUUGGCUAAAGCUUGUGUAAUUUUCAAAGACUGCCACGUGCCUUAUUUACUGUUCAUUCCCUUUCUCUACCCCGGCCUUUUUCUCUCUGUAUAUUUAUGACCACGGCAAAA